AUGGCGAUCUCGUGUUGCAUGUGCGGCGCUCAGAUCGAGGCCAACGCGAUGAACAUGUGCACGUCGUGUAUUGCGACCGAGGUGGAUGUGGCCGAGGGCAUUACCACGACGUGCGAGCUGGUGCAAUGCCGCGGCUGUUUGCGCUUCCAGUCGCGCGGCAAGACGCAACAGUACAGCAGCAUCUCGGGUGCAUGGAUGGACUGCGACUGGGAGUCCAAGGAUCUCAUGGCGCUGUGUCUCAAGAGCAUCCCGGGCCUCAACAAGGCCAAACUCAUCGACGCAGGUUUCAUCUGGACCGAACCGCACUCCAAGCGCGUCAAGCUUCGCCUUACUCUGCAGCGAGAAGUGGCCAACCACGCUGUGAUCCAAAACACGUGCGCCUUCACCUUUGUCAUCCACAGUGUCAAGUGUCCGGACUGCACCAAACAGUACCAUAACAACACAUGGAAGGCGCUCGUGCAGAUCCGCCAGAAGGCCGAGCAUAAACGCACUUUUCUGAGACUUGAACAGGAGAUCCUCAAGCACAAUGCGCACCAAGACGCCAUCGGUAUCACGACUGUGAAAGAAGGAAUGGACUUCUACUUUGGCACCAAAUCCACAGCUGAACGCUUCAUCCACUUCUUGACUGCUCACGUGCCUAUGCGCUCCAAGUCGUCCAGUAAACUCAUCUCAGAGAACGUGCACAACGCGACAGCCAACUUGCAGCUCACGUACAGUGUUGAACUGAGUCCCAUCUGCAAGGACGACUUAUUGGUGCUACCUAGGAAGUUGGCGCAGAGCUGCGGCAAUAUCUCGGACGUGACGCUGUGUGCACGCACCACCGCCAUGGUGCAUUUGCUGGAUCCAGUUUCUGGACAGAAGGCCGAGCUCCCGACCGACAGAUACUGGAAGUUGCCGUUCCUUCCGCUUGCAACCAGCUCCGAUAUGGUCGAGUUCGUGGUGCUGGAUGUGGAGCCUGUGGAUCCGCGCGAGCUGCGCCACGUCCACGUCGGACCGGCUGCGACUUCUGGUAGAGGUUGCAAGUCUAAGUUCGUGGUGGCUGACGUGGAAGUGGCUCGAGAGAGCGACUUUGGCGUGAAUGACACGACGUUCCACGUGCGUACACAUCUUGGUGGUGUGUUGUCUGCCGGUGACACGGUCAAGGGCUACGAUCUGUCGACUGCCAUCUUUGGCUCGAGCCAGACGUACACUCUGAAGGAAGAGCUGCCUGACGUUGUGCUUGUACGGAAGGUCUACCCGCGUGAAAACAGACACCGCAAGGGAGACCGCAAACUGAAAACGCUAGGUGCCAGUCGCCGUGGGAAGGUCAGUAAAGCUGAGACAGCUCGGAUGGAGCACGAGAUGGAGGUGUUUACUGAAGAGUUCCUGGAGGAGAAGGACCAAGAAGAGCACGAAGGGGUCGACGACGAGCACGAGCACGAGGAAGAGAAAUUCCCUGAAGAAACUGAAGACGUGUCGGCCAGUGAGGACAAGCAAACAAAAGCUGCCGUUAUUAGCUAG